ACUACAAGAGCUUUUCACUCGGGAAAUGAUAUCAUGAAGAUCAAGUUUGUUAACAUUCUUGCCCAUCGUGCGUUGAGGAGUCACGUCAUGACUUUGUGAGAUGAAUCUGUAGCUACAGAGAACGAGUAAGAGCAGGUAUGUGCCGUGUCUGCGAAACGAGAGGAACGAGUGACUUGUGUAACUGUAAAAAUCUUUCCAGAUAUUCUCCCGUUUCCCAUGCAACUUUGGACUGAACCCCAAGACUGGGCUUACUACUACUACUACUACUACUACUACUACUACUACUACUACAACAUAGAAGACGCCAUGGCGAUGCUGAUGAUUACGAGGACGGUAAGUAACGGUCGUAAGUAGACACUUCUCAGUGGAUAGACUACGGAAAGUAAACACUUGGUCGUGGAUACACUACGGAAAGUAAACACUUAGUCGUGGAUACAAUACGGUAAGUAGAAAACGCUCAGUGGAUACAAUACGGUAAGUAGAAAACAGUGGGUAGGUUACGGUAAGGAAACUCAGUGGAUAGGUUAAUACGGUAAGUAAAUGCUCAAAGAUGCUUGGUUCCGAACGAGUCUUUUUGGACUUCGAGUCCGCGACUUGUGCUUCGAAGCGACACGACUGGGAUGCUGAAUUUUUGCUAGACUCGCAGAACUUAAGGAUCUAUCCAAAAAAAUAGUGUAGAGGCGUCAAAAGAAUCGGGCAAAAGUAGACUAGAGGCUCUCAGCAUCUUUUUCGCGUCGAACUACUUAGAAGCUUAGAUAUUUAUCACAUAAUUAUUAUAGAUAGAAUAAAUAUGCAAAAUAAACAAGGAAAAGUAUAGGAGAUUCAUCUUUUCAUCACUUCCGAGACUUAGCUUGCUCACUUCGUCUACUAGCGUAGGGAAUUAUCGAACGAUAGUGUAGGUUUUCUGAUCUAGGUGCCACCUUUGCUAGGCUCUUCAGCAGCCGUCGAAGUCUGCCACAUUGGAUGGUAGAUCCCAACCUAACCUAAGAUCACUCCUCGCUUCGUCUACUCAGCUUCAAGAAGCCUGAAGACACCGAGCGCAGUUCUUCUAAAGAAUGCCAAAGGCGAUCUCGCGUUGUCAUCUGUUUCUGGGCAGCACUUAUCACACUCCGUAUCCGCCAGAUGGGACACCACGUUUUUAGAAGCAUGGCUAGAAAGUGCGGUGCAGCGUGCCUUGAAGACAAGCUGCUUACGGGAAAAGUACUUACGUCGUAUUAACGAUGAAGACUAGUACUUGUUUCCUGUCCGUCACAGGAGUAGUCUCCGUAGAGGAACUUGAGAAGGAACAAUCAACAUGAGGUAUUUUUUUGUCCUUAAUCCGUCAAAAGUCUAGUCGUUUCGCAUUGAUUUGCCUUGCUUAGCGUUAAUGUUUAUUGGUUGUAGCUUUAGCCUGGCCUUUCUUUUUUCGGUUUUUGUUUUUUCUAGUUAGGCCUGCUCCACCAACUUUAUUGGUUGUAGCUUUAGCUAUUAGCGGUUGUAAGUACUAACCCGCUUUCAUGGGAAUGAAAGCCUCCAGAACGAAAUCUGAAGUACUAGUUUGAUAUGAAGAGCAAGAACCCUGCAUCUGCAAGUAAGCCUCUCUUUAAGUUAACAUCCAGCAGACAUCCGACCAGCAGAGAGGCGUUAUUUAGCGGCCUUACCCGUGAUCGAGACUGGAAUGCGGCAGCUUGGGAAGCAGAUGGGAGAUAGGCGGUUGACCCGUUCAAACGCCUUUGAAUCUUUUUUCUUAUGGAAAAAAAUUUACGUCCUAGACAUCAAGGUCCUGAUCUAUUCACAGGUUAGAGUAGAAGGACACGGACAGCAUCUGUAAAAAGAAUUACAGAUACAACCUUUACCUGCUUGAUGAUGUCCUUGUUUUCAGCAACAGCUUGAAACUCCUGUCUUAGAAGUAGAUAGUCAAUCUAUAUCUAACAUAUGUCUUCACCCGCUUGUCUAAUCUGCUCAACCUUUUUCUGCUUGUCUAAUCUGCUCAACCUUUUUCUGCUUGUCUAAUCUGCUCAACCUUUUUCUGCUUGUCUAAUCUGCUCAACCUUUAUCGACUUGUUUGAGAGGCUGCGGGAAUGCUUGAACGAACGACGACUGGAGCAGCAGAGUUUAUGCUUAUAUUUUUGGUUGUUUACCACCAGCUCCACUUGUCAUAGUGUCUGAGUAUGUUGUGGUCUACAAAGAGGAGGUCUCUUCACAGGUAGACACGUACUAUUAUAGCUACACAAGAGAAGAAAAAAGAGAAGUCCAAUGCUUGAAUUAGAGUAGCUUUAAAAUAGAGCAAGAAGUCCAACAAUUAGAAACGCUGUCGCCAUGGCGUCAAAAGAUACCUCCAGAACAGGUAAAUGAGUGAACGAAUGAACAUGACAUACUAGGGAAAAUCUAGGAGCUCCUCUACCUAUGAUGAUGCUAGUCUGAUUUCGUUCAGGUCGCGCUCUGUGAAACGCUUAUUUUGCAGAAAAACUACACGAAUUGCUUCCUGUUUACUCGUGUACAUUAUACAGGCCUUUCUUCAACACUAUCAAUUGUUUUGUCAUGCUCGUGGGGUAUACUGCUUAAUACGCUGUCGCCUUUCAACACUAUAAUUGAAUAUCCGUUGCCUUCAUGAUAUUCUAAAAGAUGCAGUGGAAAAAUUAGAAGAAUCGUUACGCAAAGCACGGGAGAAGUUGGAGCUUGAUAGGAAAGAGCAGCCGCAAGAGAUGAUGGCCUUGAUGAGCGAGCUGGAACGGACGUAUACAGAACAGAUGGAAGACUUGGAGUUAUGACCGAAUUGGGGUUAUUAUGACCUUCUGAGCAGAUGGAAGAAUUAGAAGUUGUAUGAGGAUUUUUGUUCACGGCAAUAGAACGGCAACUUCGGGUGAACUAGAAGGAGAGCAGUACGACUAGGAAGAAUUGGAAUUAUGAGCUUACAUUGAAAAAUACUGAAUUAUGCCGAAUGGAAGAAUUACAACUGCUAGAGUACCGGUCCCGCUCGAAUCUCCGGGAAACAAGCAACAGCGUCAAGGAGUCUAGAUACAGUCCGGAAGCAGGUUAGAGGGGUGCGGUCAAAGUACGAAAUUUUUUUCCCGAAUCUGAUAAAGCUCCGUGGAGCUCAGAAGUCUGCUUUGAUUUAAGGAAGAAGGACUUAAUAAACUGUAAGAACUUUUGUUAGAUGUAAAAAAUCGUUAGAUGUUGUAGACUAAGUACAUGAUCACAAGAGAAGUCGAAGGGAAGGCUGCCGUGUUCUCGCUCAGAGUCAGAUUUUCAAUAGUCGUUACCUGCUAAUCGCAGCAGAGAAAAAGGGCAAGAGACGCAGCGGCAAGAGAACGAAGGAAAAAUUAUGGCACUUUGAAAAAUUCAUCUUCGACGGACGCUAAUUCAAUACCUGUUGACAUUAGGAUCAUGUUGGACGAGCUCCAGAAUGAAUUCUAUCGGAGAUGAGCCCUAAGAAAAGGAGAUUGCUUCAUCGUCUACUCGUAAAGAGAAGAUCAGAAAUGAUCUCGAUCAUGAAGUGACAUCUUCUCGCCCUUGCUCUCGUCCAAGAACAGGAGGACCUCCAAAAGAGCUGGUAUUGAGGAAAACGAGAGCAUCUAUUAUCGUAGUAGCAGGAGUAGGGUUGGAGGAAGGACAACCCCAUGAUAGACAAGAAGUUGUACAUCCCCAUAGACAAGAGAAGAAACACGUCGACAAGAAGAGACGCGACAAGAAAAAGCAAAACAAAUACAAGAAAACUUCUUGUAGCUCGAGGUCAAAUCGAGAUGAAGAUGAGAGGCUUUCACCAACAUCCUCAGCAUCAAAUGGGUCCCUCCUCUCACGAGGUGCCACCGAGUCCAAUGCUUCCUCUUCUUCAUGUAUUGAUGACGAGGAUGAUGAAAGACGAAGUAAAUCAGCUUCCUCUAGUAGUAGUUCGGAGGAACACGACUGUAGUAGUAGAAAUAGUAGUACUGAGAGUACUAGUUCUGCUGCCUCAGAGGACGCUGAAGAAGCACUAGUCGAGGACGUAGCUGGCUUAAUUCAAGCCUGUCCGGAUCGCGAACUGUUGUUAAGACUUCUCGAUACAGUCCAUUUGCAUUUCAUUUAUUUGAUCCAAAUCGUCCAACUGUGGUCAUCGUUCUUUCGUUUCCGCCUUCGUUCGGAUUCUGAAGAAGUGAGCUCAGAUUUGCUCUGCGCUCUAAUGCUGAUCCGUAGCAUGCCAGAAGCCUCGAGGCAGUUGAAUGCGAAUGCGACUAGAAUUCAAGUUCUAAAGGAUGAAAUAGAACGUUUGGAGACGCUAUUGACCAGCUGCGAGAAGGAGAUGUCUCAUCCUCGACAAGAGUAGUCGUGCAAGAUGAGUUUUAAGAUGGAGAUGAUGGUCUUUCCUGUAGCACAGUACUAAUGCAAGAGUAGAUGAAACUACAGUAGUAGUUCAUAUGAGCACACAGUAAUGCAAGAGUAGAUGAAAGUACUACAGUAGAACAGCGACCGGAAUAAUCUUCAAAUAUAAGCAAAAAUCGAGUCAUAGUAUGGCUUUUUGUUGUAAACGUAGAUGAGGCUCAUCAUCGAAGUGUAUGUGUUGAGGAC